AUGGCCCUGCCGUCACUGCUGCUGUUGGUGGCAGCACUGGCAGGUGGGGUGCGACCUCCCGGGGCCCGGAACCUGACGCUGGCGGUGGUGCUGCCGGAACACAACCUGAGCUAUGCCUGGGCCUGGCCGCGGGUGGGUCCCGCUGUGGCCCUAGCCGUGGAGGCGCUGGGCCGGGCACUGCCCGUGGACCUGCGCUUCGUCAGCUCUGAGCUGGAUGGCGCCUGCUCUGAGUACCUGGCACCGCUGCGCGCCGUGGACCUCAAGCUGUACCAUGACCCCGACCUGCUGCUAGGCCCCGGGUGCGUGUACCCCGCUGCCUCUGUGGCCCGCUUUGCCUCCCACUGGCGCCUGCCCCUGCUGACGGCGGGCGCUGUGGCCUCUGGUUUUGCGGCUAAGAACGAGCAUUACCGCACCUUGGUUCGCACGGGCCCCUCGGCACCCAAGCUGGGCGAGUUUGUGGUGACCCUGCACGGCCACUUCAACUGGACGGCCCGCGCUGCCUUGCUGUACCUGGACGCCCGCACGGACGACCGGCCUCACUACUUCACCAUAGAGGGCGUCUUCGAGGCGCUGCAGGGCAGCAACCUCAGCGUGCAGCACCAGGUGUACACCCGAGAGCCUGGCGGCCCUGAGCAGGCCACGCACUUCAUCCGGGCCAACGGGCGCAUCGUGUACAUCUGUGGCCCUGUGGACAUGCUGCAUGAGAUCCUGCUCCAGGCCCAGAGGGAGAACCUGACCAACGGCGAUUACGUCUUCUUCUACCUGGACGUCUUCGGAGAGAGUCUCCGUGCGGGCCCCACGCGCUCGACGGGCCGGCCCUGGCAGGACAACCGCACCCGGGAACAGGCCCAGGCCCUCAGAGAGGCCUUCCAGACGGUAUUGGUGAUCACGUACCGAGAACCCCCAAAUCCCGAGUAUCAAGAAUUCCAACAUCGUCUACUGAUGAGAGCCCGGGCAGAUUUUGGUGUGGAGCUGGCCCCCUCCCUGAUGAACCUCAUCGCCGGCUGCUUCUACGACGGGAUCCUGCUGUACGCCGAGGUGCUGAACGAGACGGUGCAGGAAGGGGGCGCCCGGGAGGACGGGCUUCGAAUCGUGGAGAAGAUGCAGGGACGGAGAUACCGUGGUGUCACUGGGCUGGUUGUUAUGGACAAGAACAAUGACCGGGAGACUGAUUUUGUCCUGUGGGCCAUGGGAGACCUGGAUUCCGGGGACUUUCAGCCUGCAGCCCACUACUCAGGAGCCGAGAAGCAGAUCUGGUGGACAGGACGGCCUAUCCCCUGGAGGAAGGGGGCCCCUCCCCUGGACAACCCCCCCUGUGCCUUUGACCUGGACGAGCCAUCCUGUGACAAAACCCCACUUUCGACUCUGGCAAUAGUGGCCCUGGGCACAGGUAUCACCUUCAUCAUGUUCGGGGUGUCCAGCUUCCUCAUUUUCCGGAAGCUGAUGCUGGAACGGGAGCUGGCUAGCAUGCUGUGGCGCAUCCGCUGGGAGGAGCUGCAGUUCGGGAAUUCAGAGCGGCACCACAAAGGCGCAGGCAGCCGCCUCACACUGUCACUGCGGGGAUCCAGUUACGGCUCGCUCAUGACAGCUCAUGGGAAAUACCAGAUCUUUGCCAACACCGGUCACUUCAAGGGCAAUGUUGUUGCCAUCAAACAUGUGAAUAAGAAGCGCAUCGAGCUGACCCGGCAGGUCCUGUUUGAACUGAAACAUAUGAGAGACGUCCAGUUCAACCAUCUCACUCGCUUCAUUGGCGCCUGCAUAGACCCCCCCAACAUUUGCAUCGUCACCGAGUACUGUCCUCGUGGGAGCCUGCAGGAUAUUCUGGAAAAUGACAGUAUCAACUUGGACUGGAUGUUCCGUUACUCACUCAUCAACGACCUUGUUAAGGGCAUGGCCUUCCUCCACAACAGCAUUAUUGCAUCUCAUGGGAGUCUCAAGUCCUCCAACUGUGUGGUGGAUAGUCGCUUUGUGCUCAAAAUCACAGACUAUGGCCUGGCCAGCUUCCGAUCCACUGCUGAGCCUGAUGACAGCCACGCCCUUUAUGCCAAGAAGCUAUGGACAGCCCCAGAAGUGCUCGGUGGGAGCCCCCUGCCAACCACGGGCAUGCAGAAGGCUGAUGUCUAUAGCUUUGGGAUCAUCCUCCAGGAGAUAGCACUUCGCAGUGGUCCUUUCUUUCUGGAGGGCCUGGACCUCAGCCCCAAAGAGAUUGUCCAGAAGGUCCGAAACAGUCAGCGGCCAUAUUUCCGGCCGAGCAUUGACCGCACCCAGCUGAACGAGGAGCUGGUUUUGCUGAUGGAGCGAUGCUGGGCGCAGGACCCCGCUGAGCGGCCAGACUUCGGACAGAUUAAGGGCUUCAUUCGUCGCUUUAACAAGGAGGGCGGCACCAGCAUACUGGACAAUCUCCUGCUGCGGAUGGAGCAGUACGCCAACAACCUGGAGAAGCUGGUGGAGGAGCGCACGCAGGCCUACCUGGAGGAGAAGCGGAAGGCCGAAGCCUUGCUCUAUCAGAUCCUGCCCCAUUCAGUGGCAGAGCAGUUAAAACGGGGAGAGACGGUACAGGCUGAGGCCUUUGACAGUGUCACCAUCUACUUCAGUGACAUCGUUGGCUUCACGGCCUUGUCGGCAGAGAGCACGCCCAUGCAGGUGGUGACACUUCUUAACGACCUGUAUACCUGCUUUGACGCCAUCAUUGACAACUUCGACGUCUACAAGGUGGAGACCAUCGGAGACGCCUACAUGGUGGUUUCUGGCCUCCCGGGGCGCAAUGGCCAGCGCCACGCGCCUGAGAUUGCCCGGAUGGCCCUAGCAUUACUGGAUGCGGUUUCCUCCUUCCGCAUCCGUCACCGGCCCCACGACCAACUGAGGCUCCGCAUAGGGGUCCACACAGGGCCAGUCUGCGCCGGGGUCGUUGGCCUGAAGAUGCCCCGCUAUUGUCUGUUUGGGGAUACGGUGAACACUGCCUCUCGGAUGGAGUCCAAUGGUCAAGCUCUGAAGAUCCACGUCUCCUCCGCCACCAAAGAUGCCCUGGACGAGCUAGGCUGCUUCCAGCUGGAGCUUCGGGGGGACGUGGAGAUGAAGGGAAAGGGAAAGAUGCGGACGUACUGGCUCCUGGGAGAGCGGAAAGGGCCUGGCGGGCUCCUGUGA